AUGCUUUUUGUUGCACAAUUGAGAUAUACAGGAGCUUCAGACGAGAAAUGGACACGAAACAAGGAAGGAUUGAGUGCGAAAGAGACCACUGACGAUCAUGUUCGAAACGCCUCCUCUCAGAUAAUCGUCGGCGAAGGAAGCGGAUCUUCGAAAACACAAAUCGAUGAAAAACCAUGGAUCUCCGCGCGAUCUCUCCGAUCUCCAUUAUACCAGAAGGCAAAGCAUACUUCGCCAUCUCAAAUCCCGAGUCGAUAUCCCUCUACCACUCUGCACAUUUCCGAAUCCUCGGAAACGCGACAUUCUCGAAGCGACCCGGAGCAAACACAAUCACUGCACUUGGGAACUGCUAGUAGCUUCAAGGAAGAGAGGUCCAAACUUGCAUGA